AGUUUUUCAAUGAUUCCUUGGGAGAUCAACUCUCUUGCGGAUCAAUUUGUGAUGUCUCAGGAGAAAGCAAAUUUAAAGGCUGGUUUAGAGGAAGAGGAGGAGGUGACAGAUGUAGUAUGUAUGGAGUCACACCUCAGAGAUGGAGAAAUGAUGGAGGUGGAGGUGGGUCGCCACAACGUUUUGCUGGUAAGCUGUGAUGGGGUUUACAGUGCCAUCAGCAACCAGUGCACACACUAUGGGGCUCCACUGAGCAAAGGUGUCCUGUCAGGUCACAGGGUUCGCUGUCCAUGGCAUGGUUCCUGCUUUAAUGUGAAGAAUGGAGAUCUGGAGGAAUAUCCCGGAAUUGACUGUUUGCCCUGCCACAAGGUUAAAGUUGAAAACAGCAAAGUGUAUGUGUCUGUUAAGAAAAAGAUUCAGGGUCAACCUAAGAGAUUAAAGUGGAUGGGAGCACGAGAUCAAGAGGUGUUUCACACCGUGAUGGUGUUAGGAGGAGGGGCAGCUUCUUUGAGCUGUGCUGAGACGCUUCGGCAAGAAAACUACAGGGGCCGAAUUAUUAUGGUGUCUCGAGACGAUCUCCUUCCAUAUGACAAAACCAGACUUAGCAAGGUGAUGAAUGCUGAGAGUGACAGUCUCUUAAUGAGAAGAAUGGAGUUUUUUCAUAAGUAUGAUAUUGAGGUCUGGCUGAGAAAAGAGUCUAUGUCAAUAGACACAAACAAGAAAACAGUGACAUUUGAUGACGGCUUAAUCCAAAACUAUGACCAGAUCCUUAUUGCCACAGGUUGCAGGUAA